CUGGAACCGUCUCACCAGCCAGUCUUUCAAGCCGUCUGGAUCGGAUGGGGCGAGCAUGGUAUUGCAUAUAGGAGCACAGUCACUCUGAGGUGGGAAAUGGUUGGUCCAACGAGGACGAGAGUUUGCACACCCCGCCUGCUUCCAUCGCCGCCGUUUUCUCCUUCCGCGAAGGUACCCCGAGCUGGCCGCCACCUCCAGCUUUCUCCAGCAAAAGCCAGUACACUACGGGUUCAAAUCCGCCCAUGACCUGCCAACUCCGCCAAGCACGUCUCGGCCGUCACCCCCCUUGAUAUACCAGGACGAGGCCCUAAAGCGGCCCCACGCGAUCCCUCGCACCACGAGUCCCUCCGGUCAGCCCAUGUCAGGUCCUCACCGUGGCCUGCCACCGCCGGCGGCCAUGACCUUGGCCCAGCCGCCGCUUCAGCACGGUGCUGGGCCGCCGCCACCAGCAGGGUCACAGAUGGGCCAGGUUUCUGCGCCCCCACAGCAUUCAGUACACCAGCAAAAUUCAUCGCUGGGCCAGCUUCCAGCCCCUCCGCAGUGGCAGCAGGGCCCUGACGAGUCCAUGAGGGCAUGGCUCCACGCCAAGGCCGAGGAGGAGAAGAGGAGGCAGGAAGAAGAAAAGACGCGCCAGGAGUCGCUGCGUCUAGAGCAGCGAAGAACAGAGCACGAAAUCCUCAGGACGUCGUUGCAAGGGGGAAUACCACCUCCGAUGGUGCCCGUUGUUUUCGCUGGCAUGGGAGGAAACAUGCUUCCACAGGCCGCCCUGGAAUGGGCACAUCAGUUUAUGCACUCGCAAGUGCAGUCGCAUCAGCAACACCCACACCAGCCCCAGCCCCAGCUCCCGCCCGCGUCCGGGCAUGUAUCUCCCGAGCACAGGCGAGACUCGCAGUCGCAGGCAUACGGCGCAUACCAGCCCUCCGGCGGCGUACCCCCGACCCCUGGCUCGAUCCAGGGACCCCACGGCUCAUUCGGCAGUCACCCCCCCGGCUCUCCUGCCAGACCCCGUGGCUACAGUGUCCCGGGCGCUCGAGCUCCCCCUCCCCCCGGUCCCUCGAACCUUCCGGCGCUGAACACCAACGUCCCGCAAGGAGGGCCGGGCGGGGCGCAGCCGCCACAUGCAGGAGCGGUGUCGGCACACCAGCAAAGCGAUCAGGCUCAGUCCUCACCUUCGAUAUAUUUCCACCACUGGCAUCCGCCGGCGAGCCAGGCCGCCUCGGGCGGCUCGAACCAGCCGGCCACGCCUUCGGGGGGACGAAGACGUGGACACAUGAGGCAGCGGAGCGAUCUCUCUCUAUAUCGACCUUCGGGGCGCGGUAAUGGAGGCCCCGGCGGGAGACAGGACCCUCCGGGAGGAGGCGGAUACGGCAACAUGUCGCCUUCAUACUCGUCGGCACCUUCGAGCGCGAGGGAGGGAGACAUGUCUGGGGAGUCUUCACGACAGCAGCAGCACCACGCAAAUCAACCACAACAUGCACAGCAACAGCAACAGCACCACCCGCCACCGCAAGGGCCACCGUCUCGCAGCGGGCCCCAUUCCGUCUCAUCGUUGCUUUCCGAAGAGCCCUCUCCUAGAACGAUGCAGUAUCAGCCCUCGGCACCCGAGCCGGAGCGGAGGGAUGAUUCACCAGUUGGUACGACACGAAGCGGCGGACCCAUGCGCCCGCGAAACAACGAGUAA